AUGUGCUAUUCAUGACUUUUCAGAUUCUUAGGUUGGUGCCAGUUCGUUCAAUGCUCAUACCUCACUACUGGCAAGGGAUAAGAGCUUUAUGAUGGUGAACAACCUCUGAGUGCAGAGUUGGGUGAAGAGCUUGGAAAGACUCAGCCACUCAGAGUUGGGUGAAAGGCUCAAGUAUCCUUCCAGUAUGAGUCAUGUGGUUUUAAAGUCUUAGAAAAUGCAGCAGCAGAUGUUUCUUUAUCCUCCAAAAUAGAUGGCAAAGACAGAAUAGAAGAUGGGAACAGGUCGAUGGUACAAAGGUUUAGAUCUCAACUGACGCAUCAGAUGGAUGCCUUGCAUAAAACCGUAUCAAGUUCUGUUGCAGUUCUAUCAUGCAACAGAAGGACCACCUUAAUGAAAUGAAACAUGAAAGUGGUUAGAGCCGAAGGUCUUGUUGAAAGGACCAUCUUCUUUUGUGUUGUAACAACUAUAUAUUCUUCAUGGGUAUCUUUCAGUUAUAACAACUAAUCACUGCUUACAUAUGGCAAAGACAGAAUAGAAGAUGGGAACAGGUCGAUGGUACAAAGGUUUAGAUCUCAACUGACCCAUCUCAAACGGAGAGGAAUUUCGAAUUGUGGCAGGUGCUGCCUCCACCUGGUAACGGUGAGCUGAAAUACUAUGGUUGUGAGCAGUAAAUUCGACCAAAUCAUCUGCUCCACAGAAGCCAUCAGCGCCUCGACCGGACAGUGACAUAGGUGAUCCACAGAUACUUCAUGUACACAACAAAAGAUUUGGAAGAGUGGUCAGAAAAUCAUGAUUCCUUUCGCCACGAGCAGAAUUUGGUUCAGUGGACUGAGAAAAAACGGCCAUAUGUUGAAGCCCUUUUCAUCGUGGUUGUAACCAAUGGUGUCGGUAAGGAUUUUGCCAUCAACAAUGGUGCAUGCUCUUGUUCCACGUACGUAUUUGGGAUGUUUUAUUCUCUACUUGCUUUCCUGCUUAUAGAUUUGGUUGUCCUCAAAUGGUUUCACCUAAUACGUUUAGUGUCGAACCAAAUAUUUGCCAGAGUCGUACUGGAAGACGAGAUCUCGCUGACGGAGGUAGGAGGGCUGCUGCAGGAGUGGGAUGGCAGGGAAGAGCCAGCAGGACAGCAUGCCCUAGAGGACAGCCUCGCAUUCGAGGAUCUGGGGAGCAUGCUGGAGUCCAUCAAAGUGGAGAGGGCCAAAUAUUCACUGAUGUGCUUUCAGUUCCCUGUUGGACGUAUCCACCGUCAGCUGAAGCAAAGGACUCAGGCAAAUGGUCGUGUUGGUGCCACCGCAGCCGUCUACUCAGCUGCCAUCCUGGAGUACUUGACUGCCGAGGUUCUGGAGCUGGCUGGGAAUGCUAGCAAGGAUCUGAAGGUGAAGCGUAUCACCCCUCGCCAUUUGCAGCUAGCUAUUCAUGGAGACGAGGAGCUGGACACUCUCACCAAGGGCACCAUCGCAGGCGGAGGUGUCAUACCGCACAUUCACAAGUCCCUGAUCAACAAGUUAUCCAAGGAGUGAAGACUAGGGGAUGUGCAUCUUUAGUUUAAACUGGACUUCUGUGCGCUCCUGAGCGAGUCCUUGUUGUACCGUAGGUUUUAGUUGAGCUGUUAGGUUGGAGCUCCUUUGUGUAACGCUUGCCUGGUACUGCUUCAUUAGUUAUUUGGUUAUUGUGUUUGUGUUGAGUUGUUAACUUCAGGGGUGCAAACCUGGUUGCUUAUUUAGUUAUGUGACUACUGCUAUUCGGUUUAUUUUUAAUUUUUUUGUAGCUGCAA